AGACGCGCGGAAGUGCGUCAAGGGAUAACAACACGUCCGCGGUCAUUUGAAACAUUGUAGUGUGCUGGUUCGGGUUUCCCUGUUUACUUUGAUGUGUUUGUUUGUUGACCUCAACGAGCAGGUGAUUGCAGAGGGACAGGCAUCUGUCAAAGGGAAGGAGCGCACUGCAGGACAGGAAGCUCGACUAUUUGUUAUUAGCAGAAAUAAUGCUGAUAUUGGGAACUCAUGUCGCAAGUCUAUGAAGAGAGAGCCACAAUGAUAGCCGCAGGCGAAUUGCAGUCGUUUGUCCCGUUCGGUCGUGAGCACUGCAGAAAUCACCCGAAUGCCGUGAAUCUCCAGCUGCGGCAGCUCCAGCCGGCCUCUGAGCUCUGGUCCUCUGACGGGGCGGCUGGACUCGUGGGAUCCCUUCAGGAGGUCACUCUACACGAGCGCGAGAAGGAGCACUGGCAGCUGAGGAAGGGAACUGCUCCUGAUGAGGUUGAAUUUGAGGAGGAGCUGUAUGUGGCUGGAAACAUGGUCAUAUGGAGUCGUGGCAGUAAGAAUCAAGUCUCGUAUGUGUACAAGGCCUUCACAGUGGACAGCCCAGUUCAGCAGGCUUUAUGGUGUAAUUUCACUGUCCCUCAGUCUAAAAAGGAUGUAAAGGACGUUGUGGAGCAGACAGUGUGUAUCGUCCAGAGCACCUGUGUGAAUGUCCACAGCAUGAGUGGGAAAGACUUCAUAUCUCCACUGCCAUUUCAGGUCUCCACUCUCUGUUCAACAAAGUUUGGCCUGCUUUUGGAGCGUAAAAAUAUUACAGUUGAUGGCCACAUGAGCCCCAUUAGGGAACCACUCCCCACCAUGCUCAACACGCUACAUCAAAUAGAUCCGGUUGUUUGUAAUUCCACUGGUCUCUUUGAGUCCCGUCUCCAGUAUGUUUCAGACAGCGCUCUGAGAGUGGUGUUCACCUGUCACGAGCCCUCCAUUAUCAUGACGUACGACACACAGCAGUGCACACACACCAUCUGGAGCCUGCGCAAAGUCACACCUGAGGAGCAGACCACUGUAUUAAAGUGUCCAGACCAGGCCGGGCCAGUUCACACUCCCAAUGCGGCUCCCAGCCUCCUCAGCACCCACCUGAGAAACGUGACCCGGCUGGACUCGCCCGCCUCACCCCUACACUGCCAUGCCCUACACAACCAGAGCCGAAUCCCCGCCUCUCCGAGCCUACACUCACGCGCUCACUCACCCAGCAUUUCAAACAUGGCUGCUCUCAGGUAUCGGGCUCAUUCACCUGGCGUCGCCGUGCCCUCCUUCUCUGGAGCUCAGCGCUUCAACAUAUCAUGCCACACGCCGUCCCCGCGAGGCCACAGCAUCCUGGCCUCACCCAACAGCACCCUGAAUGAUACAGCACUGCUUCCGGAAAUGGAGCCAAUUCUUCCAGACCUCUGCAUUGAGCAGCUGUGGACAGAAACCAGCGCUAUCUCCAGGGAGAAAGGCUGCCAGGCCUCUAAAGUCUUCAUCACCACCUACCUGAGAAAAAACACCUACCCUUCCUUCCCGAUCCACACCAACAACCAACUCAAACGAACGUGUGUCAAAUUUCUUGAGAGCAAUGAAACUUCUCAACUGAUAUUUGCAUCAGUGACCGUUAUCACCGCAAAAGAUGCUGCCCCUCUCGAGUGCUUCCAGGUCAGCAAAGUAUUUAUCCCUGGCCUUCUGUCUCCUACCUUCAGUGUGCAAAACCACCAGCCGCAGUUAAGCACCCCUCUGGAGAACAUUAGCACCCCCGCCAGGGCCACAGUUCAGCAUAUGAGCCGACUGGAGGAGGUUGGCAUUCCCUCCCAAUUCAUCAAAGAGCGCAGCUCGACACAGCACCACGAGUCGUCCUGGCUGGAAGACCCUCCGUUCCAGCAGGCUGCACCUCACAUCCACACCUUCAGAGACGCUGUCAGCAACAGAGUCACGCUGGAAUUGAGCUCCGGUGCCAUGUUAAGAAUCACUAUUCCUGAGGUGGCCACUUCAGAUCUGGUCAAGCGCUGCCUGCAGGCCAUCAGGUUUAUUUUACCCAAGGACACUGCCAUGAAAGUGCUGGUCAAGUGGUACAACAGUUACAAUGCCCCUGGAGGUCCCAGCAUGCACCUGGAGUGGAACCUGUUUGUUACAUGCCUAAUGACAAUGAUGGGUUACAACACGGAACGACUGACGUGGACACGCAAUCUUCAUUUUGAAGUGCCUCUCUCUCCAGUAAUAGCCCCUAAGAAGGCCCGUCCUGCUGACACGGGUUCAGAUGAGGAUUGGGGAUACCUCAGAUGCUCUGACUACCAUUGGCAGGUUUCCAUGCGCCCUGCGGGGUCCGUUCAGGGCCUGGAGCCGGUGUGGCCCCCCGGCGGCGUGGACAACCACGAGUCAGCUCUGGGUUUGGAGUCGUCCGCCCUCCUUUUUCCUCACAUCCCGGUGCUCUUCUACGUUCUGCAUCUGCUCUAUGAAGACCUGAAGCUGGACGAGCUGCAGCGGAGUGGGGCGAGAGCUCUGGUCGGUCUGCUGCAACAGCUGGCCAAGGACCUGCAACUGGAGGAUUUCAUUGAUCUAUACUGGCGCGAUUACCCCUCAUUCAUCAAAACCUUCAAGGAGGCCUGCGUGAUUGAUCAAGCUCAGAUGGAGCUGAUGACUUGGCCGGUGUUCCUGGACGGGGAGGCCCCGUGUGUGUUCAGCUGGCUCAGUCGCUGUCUGAGAGGGCAAGAUGUGGCGCCUUUUCCUUAUCUGCCUGGCAUCUGUGAGAGAACCAAACUACUGGUGCUGAGUUAUGCCCUCUAUGUGGUUGGAGACGAGGAUGCGAUCUCGACAAACAUGUUGAAGUACCUCUCCAGGCUGUCAGCAGGGCAAAAGAAAAACACGUGUGAUCCUUUUCUUAGAAGGCAGAGCAGCGUGAAGCCCGCACCUUCGUCUGGAUGCCUGGCGGAGAAGCUGGUGGUGUGGUUGACCUCUGCAGGAUUUACAUUGAAGGAUCUGGAGUCGGUUCCGUUUGGUGUGGCUCUGCCAAUCAGAGACGCCAUCUACCAGUGUAGAGAGCAUCCCUGCUCUGAUUGGUCUGAGGAGGUCUGCGCUCUGAUUGGGCGACAGGACCUGACUAAACAAGCUCACAAAGUGACCCUUGCCAAUCGUAAAUCGACUGUGGGUCUGAAUGUUAUGCUUGAGCCGCCAGUGACCAGUGAGGCCGAUGAGGAGGAGGACGGUAUGACAGACCUGCACCCAGAGGUGACGGGGCUGAUCUGGAGUCAGGAUCUGAGGGUGCAGGAGGUCCGCCGUCUGCUCCAGAGCUCCAGACCUGUCCGGGUCAACGUGCCCCACCUGCCUGAAGUCAGUGACCAUGAGUACAUUGAGGAGAAAGAGAACAAGCUGCUGCAGUUGUGCCAGCGCACUAUGGCUCUCCCGGUGGGACGGGGACUCUUUACUCUUUUCUCAUACCAUCCUGUGCCAACCGAACCACUCCCUGUGCCCAAACUCAACCUGACUGGCCGCGCUCCUCCCAGGAACACCGUGGUGGACCUGAACAGUGGUAACAUCGAUGUGCCGCCCAACAUGACCAGCUGGCCCAGCUUUCAUAACGGAGUGGCGGCAGGUCUUAAGAUCGCCCCUGCCUCUCAGGUGGAAUCUGCCUGGAUUGCAUACAACAAACCCAAAAGUGCAGACCUGGCCAAUGAAUACGCCGGCUUCCUCAUGGCCCUGGGCCUCAAUGGCCACCUCACUAAACUAGCAACACUAAAUAUCCAUGACUACCUCACCAAGGGUCACGAGAUGACGAGUAUUGGGCUGCUGUUGGGUGUCUCUGCUGCCAAACUGGGCACCAUGGACAUGUCCAUCACCCGUCUGCUAAGCAUCCACAUUCCCGCGCUGCUGCCUACCACCUCCACUGAGCUGGACAUGCCUCACAGCGUGCAAGUGGCUGCUGUGGUCGGCAUUGGCCUGAUUUACCAGGGCACCGGCCACCGCCACAAUGCAGAAGUGUUGUUGGCAGAGAUCGGACGUCCACCUGGUCCUGAGAUGGAGUACUGUACGGAUAGGGAGUCCUACUCCCUAGCAGCAGGACUGGCACUUGGCAUGGUCUGCCUGGGACACGGCAGUAACCUGAUCGGGAUGACUGACCUGAACGUGCCCGAGCAGCUCUAUCAGUAUAUGGUGGGAGGUCAUCGGCGCAUGCAUGCUGACAUCAACAGAGAGAAACACAAGUCUCCCAGCUAUCAGAUCAAGGAGGGUGACACUAUUAAUGUGGACGUGACCUGUCCUGGUGCAACACUUGCCCUAGCCAUGAUUUACCUGAAAACAAACAAUAGGUCUAUAGCUGAUUGGCUGAAAGCCCCGGACACCAUGUUUCUGCUGGACUUCAUCAAGCCUGAGUUUUUGCUGCUGAGGACGCUGGCCAGAUGUCUUAUCAUGUGGGACGAGAUCUUUCCCAAUGCCGAUUGGGUGACCAGUAAUGUGCCUCAGAUCAUCCAAGAAAACAUCGGAAACCAGGAGCAGACGUCCAUCUCUGAGGAUCUCAACAUGGAGACGUUAGUCCAAGCUCAUGACUAUAUAAUUGCCGGAGGCUGCCUGGCUGUGGGAUUCCGGUUUGCUGGGUCUGCAAAUUCAGACGCUUUUGACUGCUUAUACAAAUUUGCCCGAAACUUCAUGCAGUGUCUGACGACCUCUACGGCUACUGUUACAGGGCAGUAUAACCUGCAGACGUGUUUAAGCAUGGUCCUCCUGGCGGUUUCAAUGGUGAUGGCCGGUUCAGGGAACUUGAAAGUGUUGCAGUUGUGCCGCUUCCUCCACAAACGCACCUUUGGCGAGAUGAACUAUGGCUUUCACAUGGCCCAUCACAUGACUCUAGGCCUGCUCUUUCUGGGUGGAGGGAGGUACACACUCAGCACCUCCAACUCGGCUAUCGCUGCCCUCCUUUGUGCACUUUAUCCUCAUUUUCCUGCACACAGCACAGACAACAGGUAUCACCUCCAGGCGUUGCGCCACCUGGCUGUGCUCGCAGCAGAACCGCGUCUGCUGGUACCUGUAGAUGUGGACACUCUCAAACCCUGCUACGCUCUGUUAGAUGUCACCUACAGGGAGACGCAGUGGUAUGAAGAGACGACCGUGGAGUUGAUGGGUCCCACCAUGCUGCCUGAGCUUCACCUUCUGAAACGGAUUAAGGUAAAAGGUCCAAGAUAUUGGGAGCUGAACAUCGACAUCAGUAAAGGAACCCAACAUCUGCAAUCCAUCCUAUCCAAAGACGGCGUUCUGUACGUGAAGUUGCGCGCCGGACAGCUGCCCUACAAGGACGACCCUCAAGGCUGGAAGAGCUUACUGGCCCCCAACCUCAACAACAGAAGCGCUGAAGUGCGCACUUUUAAGCCCGAGGCCAUCUCAACCUUCACCUCAGAUGCAGCUCUGGUCUCCUUCGCCGAGUACUUCUGCAGAGCCUCGGAAAACAUGAAGCAUAAGCAAGAGACCGUGGCGUUACUGUCAGCAAUUCUGUAUGAAUGUGUGACACAGGAAUACCCAGAAAUGCUGCCAACACACAUCUCUAUUGACCAGGCCGUGCGGACUCUGGAGCGGGGCGAUCUCUGUGAGACGUUCAGUCUGUGGCAGAUGAAGCUGGUGCUGGAGUUGUAUGAGAGCCGAGUCUUGCAGCAGCAGCUCAGAGACACACGGCGUCAGGGCCACGGCCUGCUGCUCAUCUCUGAGUUCCUGCCCGUCAUGAAGAGCUCAGCCGACCGGGCCCUGGAUCGCUGGUUCUGUGAUAACGGUCACGUGCUGCAAGCGUACUUGAGAAGACAGCCGAUGAACAACGACACUGAUGUCAACAUGUUAGCCUGCUUCCUGGUCUACCAUUCCAUCCCCAGCCUCAAGAACAUGGUGGCGUCUGACCUGAAAGGAUGUUCCUGUUUUCCAGAGUUGCUGCUCAAGAGCAGUCAGUUGGGUGUUCCUGUACGUGCUCUGCUGCGUUUGAGUCCUCUGCUCCUUCAGAAACAUGAUUCUGGAGUUUAACCCACCAAUUCCUGUACGUCAGCCAACCUUCUCCUUAACCAGGUACUGCAGAGUCAUGGGUGCCUUGUCCUCGCACAGGAACUGUGGACAUUUUUAUCACACUAUAGUGUCUUUAAAGCGCUGGAGAAACUGAUUUCCUCAUCCCUAUUUUGACAUGUAAAUAAUUUGUAAUUAUAUUUGUACCUGUGAUAAUUCAGUCAAUAAAUAUGACUUGAAGAAA